AUGCAUUUCCAAGCUGCCCUAUCUGUUGCCAUCUUCGGCGCAUCGGCGUUUGCCGAUGUUUCGCCCCGGCAAAACAGCUGCGUGAUGUGUACAGAGCAGGUCCCCGAAUGCCCAGUCUGUCCCGCCAACCAGGAGUGCUUCAUCAGUGACCCGGCCGAUUGCACCGAGUGCCCACAGGCCUACUGCGCCGUCAACGCCGCCGACGCGACACCGACGCCGACACCAAUCCUCGGGAGCACCAGCAGUAGCAGCGCCGACUUCAGCCUGCCCACCAUCUCGGAGAGCGAGACUGCUACGGCGUCGGCAACGACGACUGCGGCGUCGGGCUCGACUACCGCGUCAGGUUCAUCCUCCACUGGUGCGAGUGGCGAGAGCGGUAGCGCCACGGCCACGGCCAGUGCGCCGGGGGCGUCGUCGUCCGCGCCGAGUAGUGCAUCCGGAAGGAACGCCGACGUGGGUGGGAUGCUGAGAGUUGCGUUGUUGGUUGCUGUGCCAGUCUUGGGCUUUCAGGGGCUCUGGUAG